GGAGAAGAAGAAGAGAAGAGAAGAAGAAGAAGAGGAGGAGGAGGAGGAAGAAGAGGAAGAGGAAGAAGAAGAAGAAGAAGAAGAAGAAGAAGAAGAUUUUCUUACAUGAACUAUCUUUAGUUUUAUGAUUUACUUAUAAUUUGUGGAAACUGGGCUUUUAUUCUGAAGGGAUCUGAACGGAAGUAAGUGGAGCCGACACACCACCGGUGGUCACCUUGUUGGAGAAGUUUUCCAGGAAUUCUAAAGAAUUUGAGGACACAGCAAAGACCAGGGGAGAAGACACAGGUGGAUUUCUAAGUCUCCAAAAGCCUUGAGACUGAGGUGUUUCACGACAGCGUCAGCCCUCUGAUGAAGUCUGCAUUCAGCUGCUGUCUUAAGUGCACACUUCUGGUUUAGGUGAAAAUGGCAGAGGUUCAAGGUCAAAACAAAGACUGCAGGGGCCUUAGAAAGUCACCUCGAGCCACAGCAGACCAUUCCACCAAAGCCAAGAAAUGCAGCCCUGCGUCUGACAGGCAAAAAUACAGACGAGAGCAGAGAGCUCGGGUGAACAUUGGAAUGGCUAUGGAAAGGUGGCGUGAUGUGAAAGCAGCAAAAGGAUUAAAAACUGAUACGGAAGUGGCCCUGUGUCUCCUGGAUAAAAUGAAGCGAUCGCCUUCCACUUCCACUUCCACUUCCUCGGGAGACAGUGAUAAAAUGAUAAAAAUCUCAAUGUCUGAGGUGCAAGCUCUGAUCAAGCAGGAGGUUCGCAGUGAAACGAAAAGGAAUGAAAACAAGCUGCAGGUUUUAAUAGAGUCUGUUCAAAAUCUGGAUCAGGCAGUCGACUACGAAAAAACCAUCCAGAAACUAGAGGCUCGAAUCAACACGUUGACGAAGCGAACAGAAGCAGCUCUCGUCCACAUGACAAAUACACACAAAAAGAGUCCACAGCGACCUACUGAUAAAAAGGACGUGAUCAGGAUCGAUUCUGGGGAUGAAGCGAUGGAAACCAUGUCACAGACGGAUGUAAGGGAUUGCACCGACACCAUUGGCGAGUUCUUUCAUGAGAUGAAAUCCACUGAAAAGGCCUUGAAGAAGAUGCGUUCAGAUAAUGAAGAUAUGAAGGCUGCCAUGGCAACUCCUCGCGCUGUCACUGCUCAUGAGUCUCAGGGAAAUGUCAAGUUCAUAAAGAAAAGGCCAGAAGCUGAGGAGCAAAGAGAAAAGAAGACUGACUGUCCCAAGAAGACUGAAGAGUGUAUCUCCCUGAACAACAGUAACAUUCCCAAGGACUCGGAGCAGGACAAGUUCUCGUAUCCUCCUCUCCCCCCCGCUCCGUUCCCCUCCACCCUGAACAUAGCAGCGGCCUCGUACAACAUUCCCCAGAGACUAGACGUGCAUCUGGCCCUCAUCAGGGAGCCUCAGGGCCUCUCUGUGCUCUGGAAGGUGGCGGUAGAAGACCCUGUUGCGCCGCCCAUGGAUAGUUACAGCGUCUACAUGGCUGUAGAGAGGGUGAAGGGCAGCAGCUACUUCCCAAAGUGGAUUUUGCUCGGUGAACUGAAGGCCAUCCAACUGCCCAUGUGCGUGAUGAUCAAAAAGUACAAGCCCGGCCACAAGGUGUGUGUCACUGUGGUGGGCAAAGACACGUUUGGCCGGUACGGCUCCUACAGUGAAGUGGUGACCGCAGCAAUACCUGAAUAGUCAGGAGGAGGAUGUGGUUCCAGGAAAGAGCCAGUAAAACCCAGAUUUAGUCACAUUGUUGUUUUGUCAGUGUUCAUGUGUUCACUUAAGUUUGAGCAGUUUUAUUUGUGAUAAAUCUUUUGUAAUUGCACCAAAAUUUGAAUGUGAAUGUUUACUUUGUCUGUGGAGCCGCCAGCGACUGAUGGAAUCAUGCAACACACAUUGCAGCUGUUUAACACAUUUCUGUGUCUGUUUGUUUGUUUACCUGAAACCCAGAAGAGUAUUUAUAUUAGUUUUCUCUGUUUACCUCCACCAGCAUCAAACCAGAGAGUCGUUUGAUACGUGUUACUUUGGUAAUGGCAUUAUUAAGAUCAACGACUGUCCGUUAAGCCGUCACAUAAACGGCUACAUGUACUUUAAAUAUUGUUGAAUGUUUGAAUAAGCCAAUAAAGUUUUUUUUUUUCUAAAAA